UUUAGAAAAAAUAAAUAUAAAUAAUGAAUAAUAAGGCAGCUAGCUCGAAAUAAACUCCAGCUGUGCGUUAACAACCUUAAGCUACAACAACUACUUCCUAAAAUAGGGUAUUAAUUUUUUUAAAUGAUAGACUCCUCAACCUAUCAUUCAAAAUAUGGCUAGGGUUACCGAUCCCAAGCAUGUGCCUAAAGAAAUUAGAGAUCAGUUUUUAAAGAAAAUCCACUUUUGUUCUUAACCAUACGAUUUUAAUGAUGAUACUAAAAAUGUAAAGGAAAAAUAAGAACGAUCUUAAUAUUUACAAGAAUUAUUUGAUUUAUUAAAGGAGCCCAACUUUGUAGUGAAUUUGGUUGUUCCCCAUUUAGAUCUAAUUAUAGAAAUGAUUGAGAAGAAUAUAUUCAGACCAUUGCCAAUUUUAAAAAAGACAGCAACAAAUGGUGAAAUUGGAAUGGAAGAUGAUGAUGUAAGAACAAUAAUUAAAUAAAAUUAGUAAUUGAUUGAUCCAGCUUGGACUCAUUUGCAACCAGUUUAUGAAUAUUUCUUAUAAUUAAUCGUUAACGAAUAACCAGAUGUCAAAUCACUCAAAGUAUUUCUUUUAUAAAUACUUUAAGAUUUUUAUCACUCAUUCAUUCAUAUAAGAAUUCUUGGAGUUAUUUGACUCUGAAGAGCCUCGUGAAAGGGAAUAUCUGAAGAACAUCCUCCAUAGAUUAUACGCCAAAUUGGUUCCGAGAAGAAAGAUGAUAAGAAAGGCAAUUAACGAUUGUUUUUACACUCUCAUUCAUGAAACAUACAAAUUCAACGGAGCAGCCGAGUUAUUGGAUAUAUUGGCAAGCAUCAUUAGUGGAUUUGCAGUUCCCUUGAGAGAAGAACAUGUAAUAUUUUUCAAAACUGUUAUCAUCCCCCUACAUAAGGUUUAGACCUGUUAAUUUUAUCAUGAAUAAUUAUUAAGAUGCUCCAUGCUCUUCUUAUCCAAAGAUCCAACCUUGGCAACGUUUUUAGUUGAAGGAUUAUUGAGAUAUUGGCCAUUUGCCAAUUCAGCCAAGGAAGUGAUGUUCCUUAAUGAACUAUUGGAAGUCUUGGAAGUUUGUGAGAUCUCUAAGUUAGAGCCCUUGAUUCCAAAGUUAUUCAAAAGAUUAAUUAAGUGCAUCGCAGGACCUCAUCUACAGGUGGCUGAUAGAGCAAUGUGUUUCUUUGAGAAUGAUUACUUCUUAACCAUUCUCAAGAGCUAUAAACCAUUCACCUUCCCUCUAUUGGUCCCAGUAAUAGCUUAGAUAGCAGAUACACAUUGGCAUAAGGUCUUGUAGGAGUCUUUGAAUGCACUCAAGACCAUUCUCAAAGAGAUUGAUUAUUAGGCAUUUGACAAAGCCUUGAAUAACAAGGAUCCCAAGUAUUUAUACAUCAUUUAGGAUGCCAAGAAUCAAAAAAAAGACAGAUAAAAGAUUGAAGAGAAGGUAUAUUUUGAAAUGAUUAAUUUUAUUAGUGGAAGAAUCUAACCAAAUAGGCUAUUCAAAAGAACCCAAAUUUCAAGGAACCAAUUGUUCCUUACUCAGACACUCACAUUGUCGGAGAACACAAUGGUCUGAACAAUGGAAAUAUUACCAUUUUAUGAUCAGAAUUAUAUAUUGGC